UUCUGUUCCGUGAUUCCGAGCCAGCAGCAAGAACCCAUAGGAACCACCGGACAGAACUCACUUUUCCGGUUCUGGACUCAGCUGGUUCUACUGCUGGUUCUGGCUUUCAUUUCUCCUCAGAGUCUCUCUUAGGUUUCAUUUUCCACAGCAGUAAAAGUAUUCACACCCUCUGACUGCUCCACAUUCCAGCUCCAGCGUCUUUUAUUGGACCAGACCAACACAAAGUUCUGCAGAACCGAAACCUUAUGAAUUGUUUUAAACGUUUUUAUGAAUAUAAAUCUGAAAAGUGUGGUCAUUUCUAAUUCCUCUAAUUUAAAGAAUCAGCUCUAAUCAUUUAGAAAGCAGCAACUUGGUCGUAUGAUAUAAAUAACAAAACCAGGAGAAGUUGGAUCCCGACCAGACGGAACCUCGGAGUUUAUUAUGGGUCCUGUUGUCUUGAUGUCAGGAAAGUGAAACUGAAGGAAACACAACCGGGCAGCUAUAAUAAGGCUGGCCGCCAUGCGAGCAGCUCAGACCGGAGAUGGGCGUCCAGGGCUUGGCCUCCUUCCUGGAGCACCACCGGAACAUUUACCGGGAGGUUCGGUUCGGCCGGAGCCGCCUGCUGGUCGACGGCUGCAACCUCAACUACCUGCUGUACUUCAGCUCAGGUCUGGAUCAGAACCACGGUGGGGAGUACGCCGCCUACGAGACUCUGAUUGAGAGUUUCAUCGCAGCUCUCAGGUCCUGUGACAUCACUCCCUACGUGGUUCUGGACGGAGGUUCUGAUGUCACAGACAAAAAGUUGGAAACAAUAGCAAAGCGGGGCAAGGACCGGGUCCGGAAAGCUCAUGAAGCAGCGGUCAGCGGUAAAACGAUGGGCAUCCUCCCCCAAAUGGCCGAGUUGGUCUUCAGACAGACGCUGGCCCGGCUGCAGGUUCCGGUGGCCCAGUGUUUAGCAGAAGCUGACCAGGAGAUAGCGGCGCUGGCGUCAGAAUGGCGCUGCCCGGUUCUGUCCAACGACAGCGACUUCUUGGUCUUUGACCUGCCAGCAGGGUUUCUGCCCAUCAGCCACUUCCAGUGGCGGGAGGUGAGGCAGAGCGGCUCUCUGAGCUCCAUCUCCUGCUGGAGCUACUGCACCUCCAGCUUCUGCAGCUUCUUCGGACUCCAGCGCCAGCUCCUGCCGACCUUCGCCGCCUUGGCAGGUAACGACUACGUGAAGCUGAGAGGGAUCGACUGGACUCGGUUUGAUUCCGGCAGAGAGGCCUGCAGCCGCCUGGAGGGGCUGCUCUGCUGGCUGAGGGGGUUCAAGGAGCCUCAGGAGGCGCUGGAGGAAGCGCUGGGCCUGAUGGAGGACCUGAGCGGGGACAAGCAGGAGCUCCUCCAGAGACUGCGUCUGGGGAUGGCGGAGUACCAGCUGGGUCGGAGCGCUCUGAGCCGCUUCUUCCUUCAUGGAGCGCCGCCUGAGUUCGCAGCACCGGAGCAGGAAGCUGGCCUCGUCCCCAGCUGGAUGCUGCUGCCCCUGACUCAGGCUCGGCUCUCUGGAAAUAUCCUGGACGUUCUGCGGCUCCACAGGAUGAGCCUCGGUUUUUGCAUUGAGACCCAAGAGCUGCCCAGCGCCAACCAGACGUCCAGGCCGCUGCGACAGGUGAUGUACGGCCUCCUGCUGGGCAAAGACAAGUUCACUCCAGUGGAGGAAAUAGACAGAGAGGGUCUCACGCUGAUAUCCGUCCCAGUGAAACCAACAUUCACCAGAACCAGCAAGAGGCUCAGACUCGACUCCCUGCCACAGGUGGCGCUCUCUGACCGUCGGAACGUCCUACUGGAAGCUCUGGGAGUGACCCAGGAGUUUCUGCACCUCCUGCCGCCUCAGUUGCAGCUCCCAGCAGCCGUCAGCUGCUACUGGCUACAGAAAGCUCAGCCUCCUCCUGACCUGCAGAGGGCGCUGCUGCUGGGGAUGAGCAACACUCUGAGGUCCGGAACAGCUUUUCAGAAUAAGAGCGGUAUAAAGAAAGUGGACGUCAACGUGUCUCAUGUCUUCAGCCAGUGGCAGGUCUGUAUGAAGGACAGCAUCCGUCUGAACCAGCUGCUGGGCCUCCCUCUGCCAGAACCGGACGUCUCCAGGUUGUAUCAGGGGCCGCUGGUCCACCAGCUGGUCCACAGGAUGAGGAGCGGCGGGAAGCUGAAGACCCUCCUGAGGAGCGACCGGCCCAGCCAGGAGCUGUACCGCUCCCUGCUCUCCGUGGUCCGGCGGGUCCGGGCGGCCUCACAGAACCGUCGGAAAGCCGCGACCCGUCGGCGGCGGAACCCAGAGGAGCCGAGCGCCGACCUGCGGCGACUGUUCCUGCGGGACGAGGAGACGGAGAGCGAAGCUCGGGUCGCCGUGGCGGCGCAGGAGGAGCUGCGGCUGCAGGAGGAGCUGCUCCAGGUCCGAACCCGCUACAGAACCAAGGAGAGGAGGAACCGGAGCAAGAACCCGGACCUGGCCCGGAAGGAGGAGUGUCGGGGCCGGGACCUCCUCUGACCGUCCAGCUCCUCCAGGGGGCUUUGAUGGUCGCCAUGGUUACCCGCUCUGGUCGCCAUGGUUACCUGCUCUGGUCACCAUGGUGAUAUUAUUUAGUACCGCGUUUUCCAGAACCCGACUCUCCAGUCGAACAGAAUUUAUUUGGUUUCUAAACCAGGAAACAUCUGAAAUCCUCCAGGAAGGAUUUUCUGGGUUUUAUAGAUCAGUUAUUAAACCAGAACUAAAGAAAUAAAUGAUUAAUAUUUUGAUGGAUAUUUGAUGUUUUUGGUGUUUUAAAGUUUUGAUUGUCCUUGUAAAUCAGGUUGAAUCGAUUGCUCAGAUGAACUUGUUGAGCUUCAUGUCCUUUAGUUGCUUUGAAAUAAAGUUUCAAUGAUU